AUGGCAGCAGCAGCAGGACGCGGCGAUGAAGGCAGUGCCGCUCGAGACGACAGCUCGCUGGCAGACAACGAGGCGGCCUGCCCAAGGGCGUCUCGCCCAGGGAGCCCUUCGGUUGUCGGAGACGGACCCGGACUGUGGCUCUUGAGGGCCAUGCUGAGAGUGCUGCUGUCCUGCUCCCACGUCUUCCACCAGGGAUGUGUGGAGGCGCUGGAGCGAGUGGCGCGCUGCCGACGCUGCCCCGUGUGCCGCGUGUCUCCCUAUGAGGCUCGCGUCGUGCACGAAGCCUCCCGCCUCUACCGCCACAAGUGUGCCACGCGGCUGCAGGCGUGGUGGAGGGGCGUCUCUGCCCGGGCGCGGUUCCGCCGCCUCCGCGAGUCUGUGCCGCCCCGCGACCCCGCGCUGCGCCGCCGCUUCUACGAGAACAAGCUGCUGGUGCUGGGCGAGCGUCUGGUUCGUGCGUGCGACUCUGGCGUGGACGCCUUCCUGCGGGAGAUGGAGGUGGAGCGCGAGCGGCGAGCACAGCAGAGCGAGGGGGCGAGCGCCAGCUGGGACUGGGAGCGCAUCGAGGCCACGGCACUGGCGCGGGACCCACGCCUCUGCCCCAUCUGCCUCACCUCGCUGUGGACGCCGGCGCAGGAGGCUCCGGCUGGUGCCCGGCCUCUCCGGCAGCAUGGCGGUGUCGGGGCCACCAAGGGGAGGGGCCGGGGGAGCGCAGCUCCCCAAAGAGGGGGGGCGGCGGUCACGGAGAGACGGGAACAGAAGCCGGGGACGCGGAGAGGGGCGGCGAGGGCCGCUGCGGCCCCGAUCCCGGCGUGCCCCCCGGCGUGCCCCCCGGCGCGCCCCCCGGCGCUGACCCCAGCGGGAGCGCCCCCGGUGCUCCUGUCGUGUGCCCACGUGUACCACGACGCGUGCCUCGAGGCGCUGGAGGGGUUCUCUGUGGGAGUCCUGCGCCUCUGCCCUUUGUGCCGCGCUCCCUACAGCAAGAGGCUCCUGCGGGACCCCCGUGAAGGGAGGCAGGGGGGGUUGCUACCACGACCCCCCCCCCUCGAUGAUGCAGUGACCACACUCAUCCCGCAUCAAAUCAUGCAAUCAGUGGCAGAGUGAGCGGCUCGCAGGUAGCAGCCGCUAAGGCUGUGAGUUUAAAUCUGUUCGGGGGCAUAGGGGGGGGGGCGUUUGACUCGGUCCAACUGCACCCAGGAGGUCACGCUCGUCCACCCAGGGGGGUCAUCCUCGUCCACCCAGGGGGAGAGAGCCUCAAGUCGUCCCGCCUGGCGAUCCACAUCCACCCAUGCUCAUCUUCAUGCUCAUCUUCCAGAUAAUCAUCAUCUCCAUCAUCAGCAUCACAAUCUUGAUUUAUCCUGGAAGAUUUCCGAUGCGUUUGAAGAUCUUUUUUCACAGAUGUCCAAUAGGGGUUCGCGGGUCAGCGAGAAAAAGUAAUUAAGUCGCUAAAAAUAAAUUAAUAUGUUCGUU